CUGCAAGACGAAAGAACAGAGAAGAAGAUGAGCUCCGCGCCUUAUCUCCUGCAACCAGUCCCUCCAAUAGCUCCUCGAAAACCCAGUGGCAGAGUUAGACAUUCACUCCCGGCGCACAAUAGCAAAGCUGAAGUACAAAGACGAAAGCUAACCAUUACCUGUGGCGCGAGGAGAAGCCCAGACGAUUACCACGCCACAGUCAGAGCCCUCAACUUCAGAGGCCACAGACCCAGGAAAUCCCUUGGCCAGCAUUACAUGUUGAAUUCUGAGGUUAACGAGCAACUUGCUGCUGCCGCUAAUGUUCAAGAUGCAGAUGUGGUUCUUGAAAUUGGACCUGGAACUGGUUCUUUGACUAACGUUCUUCUGGACACAGGAGCCACCGUUCUUGCUAUUGAGAAAGAUCCUCACAUGGCUGCUCUAGUUAAACAGAGAUUUGCUUAUAUAGACCGUUUGAAGGUUUUGCAAGAGGACUUUGUCAAAUGUCACAUUCGUUCCCACAUGUUCUCGCUUUUUGAAAGCAUAAGUUCUUUGGAUCAAAAGCCAAGAUGUGCAAAAGUAGUCUCUAAUAUACCAUUUAAUAUAAGUACGGAUGUAGUUAAACAAUUGCUUCCGAUGGGUGACAUUUUCUCAGACGUUGUCCUUUUACUCCAGGAGGAAACAGCCCUGCGUUUGGUGGAAUCAUCCUUAAGAACGUCAGAAUACCGACCUAUCAAUAUCUUUGUCAAUUUUUAUUCAGAUCCUGAAUACAAAUUUAAGGUCCCAAGGUCAGCUUUUUUCCCUCAGCCCAAUGUUGAUGCAGCUGUUGUUACAUUUAAGCUAAAGCAAGCUGCAGAUUAUCCAGCAGUUUCCUCCACUAAAAGCUUCUUCUCAAUGGUGAAUUCUGCAUUCAAUGGGAAACGAAAGAUGUUGCGAAGAUCGCUUCAGCACAUAUGCACAUCCCUUGAAAUUGAAGAAGCUCUUGAAAAUGUUGGUCUUGCAGCCACUUCAAGACCAGAGGAGCUUACCCUGGAUGAUUUUGUGAAGUUGCAUAAUCUGAUCGCAAGGGUAUGAGAGGUAUUACCAUAUCAUGGCUUUUGGCGAGCAAGUUCUUCAACAUGCUACCAUGAAGCAGGCUAGUAGAGACGUCUCCUAUAGAGUAGCGGAAGAUUAACAACAGAAGACUUGGUAUAUGAAAACCAGAGACGAGGAAUCAACUCAACUCAACUAAGCCUUUAUCUCAAAUAUUUAACAGCCAUAUUCAUGUGAACAAAGGAAAUGGCAUUGGAGCUGAGGAUGAGUUAAAAUGAGAGUGGUCACAAGGAAAUCAAUUUUUUUUCUCACAUGUUUGGAGAGUAGAAUCACAUACAGUAUCCAACUAGACAAAUAAAAAUCCGUUAGUCCACCACAUGCUACCCAUAAUAGUAUUGUAGCAGGGCAUUUAAAACUGUACCAUUCAUCAAAAUUGUACAUAAAAACACUGUUGUUAAGCAUCUAAAAUUGAUCUUUUUUAAAAUUCAUGUCAGAAUCGCAUGAUCUAAACUUAAAUUCUGUAACAGAAUACAAGCUUGUAAAUCCUAGAACUAGGGAUUAUGAAUGGAAUAAGCUACAAGUUUUCUUUCCUGGCUCCCAA